AUGGAGCUCAAGACUAUUCUCAUUCUCACUGCAAUCUACAUAGCCCGAAAGCCCCCGAGACAGGAGAAAGCAAACAGAACACGAGCUGACCCCUCACAAGCUGUCCGCAUCUUUCUCAAAUCGCGCAACUCGAGCCCAGCAGCCACAAUGUCGCACGGAAAAGUCAUUGAGGUCGACAACCAAGUCAUCUUCAAAGCUCUCGUCUCCUCCGGCCCUGUCGUCGUCGACUUCUUCGCAACUUGGUGUGGACCCUGCAAGGCCGUCGCCCCUGUCGUUGGCAAGCUGAGUGAGCAGUACGAGAAUGUUCGUUUCCUCCAGGUAGAUGUGGACAAGCUGCAGAGCGUUGCGAAAGAGCAGAGCGUGAACGCCAUGCCCACUUUUGUGGUGUUCAAGGAUGGCAAGGAGGUCAGUCGGGUUGUCGGUGGUGAUAUGAAGAAGUUGGAAGAGAAGAUCAAGGAAGUUUUGCUAUAG